AUGAAGUUUUCAAUCUCUUUGCUCGCCGUCCUGGCCCCAGCGGCCAUGGGCCACUACAUGUUCCAGGGGACCAUUGUUGGAGGUGCCAAGUCCAGCAACUGGCAGUUCAUCCGCGAGACGGCCAACAACCCGAGUCAGUCCCCCAUCGAGGACAUCAACUCCCCGCAGAUGGCCUGCUUCGAAAAGACCGGCCGCGCCGCUGCCGGCGUGCAGACCGUCUCUGCGGGAUCCCGCAUCGGGUUCAGCGCCUCGUCGCCCGUCAUACAUCCCGGCCCGUUCAUGUUCUACAUGGCCCAGGUUCCGGAUGGACAGGAUGUCGACAGCUGGAAGCCCUCUGGCAACGUGUGGUUCAAGAUCGACCAGUACGGCGCCAAGUCGAGAAAAGAGUUCGAGUCGGGCAUGAGCGAGUUCUACACCACCAUCCCCGUAAGCCUCAAGGCCGCCAACUACCUGCUGAGGGCCGAGCACGUCGGCCUGCACUCGGCCGGCAACCCGCAGUUCUACCUCAGCUGCGCCCAGCUCAAGGUCACGGGCAACGGCGCCAGCAGCCCGACCGACCUGGUUUCCUUCCCCGGCGCCUACAGCAAGAGCGACAAGGGCCUCUAUGAUGACAUCUGGGUCGGUAGCGCGACGGAGUACACAUACCCCGGUCCUGCUAUUUGGGGUGGCGGUGGCAGCGGUGGCAGCGGCAGCGGCGGCAGCGGUGGCGGCAAUAGCAGCAGUAACAGCAACCCGACUCCUUCACAGCCUCAAACCAACCCAACCCAGUCCAGUAACAACACGAACAGCACCCCAUCUGCCAGUACGCCUAGCAACCCACCUGCCAACAAGCCCAGCGGCUCGCCUGCCAGCACCCCUAGCAACUCGUCUUCAAACCCCUCGACCGGAAGCUGCGCAUCCAUGUACGGACAGUGCGGUGGUCAGAACUGGGCCGGAGCCACGUGCUGCUCUUCUGGCACUUGCACCAAGAGCAACGACUAUUACUCGCAGUGCCUGUAA